GCUGGAUUGUGAUAGCGACAGAUGUCUAGAAAACUACGAGGGGCUCUCCUCAGUUACAAGAGACUGCACCUCGGAGAGCAGGGGCGGAAUCUGCAGCUGUCACUCCAAAGGCUUUACCUCCAUUCUCACAGCCAGCCGGAGACUGGAAAAGAAGAAUAACUGAUUCUGUCCGCUUUAUAGAUAACAAAAAGUACAGGAGACAUCAUGGGAGGAAAAUUGAGCAAAAAAAGAAAAGGAUAUGAUGUGAGCGACCCCAAAAGCAAAAAUGAUGAGACUGCUGCAACAGAGUCUGGUGUAGAAGACUCUGCAAAGGAAGAAGAUGGAGCGCCUCCCACAGGAGCUGAGAUGACAAAUGGAGCAGACAAUGUAAAAGAGGAGACUGUCAUGUCAGCUGUGGCAGCUCCAGAUGAGCCCAAAUCUCUACCUCCAGUAGAGCAAGCUCCUUCUGCUAAAGUGGAGGCAGCUGAAGCAACUCCAGUAGCAGACGAACCGGCUGCUGCAACAAAAGAUUCAGAUCCUGUUGUGGAGGAAAAAUCUGUAGCACCAGUUGACGCAGCUCCAGUGGCAGAAGAGCCUGUUACAGCACCAGAGGAAGUAACUCCUGUUGUAAAGGAGGAAGCUCCAUCAGCUGAGACUGUUGAAGCUCCAAAAGAGCAAAAAUUAGCAGCAAAAGAUGAAGCUGUUCCAAAACGGAAAUCAGGAGCAGUUGAAGCCGUUCCAGUCAUCCAGGAACUAGCUGCAGCAGCCAUUCAAACAGCUCCAGUCGUCCAGGAACCAGCUGCAGCAGCAGUUGAAACAGCUCCAGUUGCAGAAGAAGCAGCUGCAGAAGCCAUUGAAAAAGCUAAAGUCCUGGAGACACCAACUGCAGCAGCCAUUGAAACAGCUCUAGUCAUGGAGGAACCAGCUGCAUUAGCCGUUGAAACAGCUCCAGUCGUGGAGGAAACAGCUGUACCAGCAGUUGAAGCAGCUCCAGUUGUGGAGGAAGCAGCUGCAGAAACCAUUCAAACACCUCCAGUCAUGGAGGAAGCAGCUGCAGCAGCCAGUGAAACAGCUCCAGUUGUGGAGGAACCAGCUGUAGCAGCAGUUGAAACAGCUCCAGCUGUGGAGGAAGCAGCUGCAGAAUCCAUUGAAACAGCUCCAGUCAUGGAGGAAGCAGCUGCAGAAUCCAGUGAAACAGCUCCGGUUGUGGAGGAACCAGCUGCAGCAGCAGUUGAAAAAGCUCCAGUCUUGGAGGAAGCAGCUGCAGCAGCCGUUGAAACAGCUCCAGUCAUGGAGGAACCAGCUACAGCAGACGCUGAAAUAGCUCCAGUCGUGGUGGAACCAGCUGCAGCAGCCAGUGAAACUGCUCCAGUCGUGGUGGAACUAGCUGCAGCAGACGUUGAAACAGCUCCAGUCGUGGUGGAACCAGCUGCAGCAGACGUUGAAGCUGCUCCCGUCAUGGAGGAACCAGCUGCAGCAGCAGUUGAAGCGGCUCCCGUCAUGGAGGAACCAGCUGCAGCAGAUGUUGAAACAGCUCCAGUCAUGGUGGAACCAGCUGCAGCAGAUGUUGAAACAGCUCCAGUCAUGGUGGAACCAGCUGCAGCAGAUGUUGAAACAGCUCCAGUCAUGGAGGAAGCAGCUGCAGCAGACGUUGAAACAGCUCCAGUCGUGGAGGAACCAGCUGCAGCAGACGUUGAAACAGCUCCAGUUAUGGAGGAACCAGCUGCAGCAGCAGUUGAAGCUGCUCCAGUUGAAGCAUUACCAGCUUCUGCACCAGAGGCCCCAGCUUGUGUAGAGGAACCACCUGCAUCCGAGGAAGGGGCAGUUCUAGAAGCACAGGAAAAAGAACCAGAAGUAGAGGAGCCAGUUGAAACUGAAUCUGCCCCAGUCGCAGAAAUACAGGAAACUGUACCUGCAGAGGUAUUACUGGCUACAACAACAACAGAGGAAUCAUCUGAUCCAGCAUCAGAGGCUGAAGUAGAGUCGGCUGCUGCAUCUGAAGAGCCCCCAGUAGAGGAACCACACUCAGCUGUAUCUGUGCCAGAAUCAGAGAUUGUUCUUGCGAGCACAGAGGCAGGACCAGAGGAUCAAGAGGCAGAGCCCACCCCAAAAACUGCUACUGAGUCAGAAGAAACUGUUGAAUUGACAGCAGCACCUGCUGAUGUCACUGGACCUGAACCAGAAGCUGAGCCAGAAGCAAAGUUAGAAACCAAAGCAGAGCAAACCUCUGAGUCAAUUCAAGAUGUAGGUCAACCAGUAGAGACUACAGCUGAUCCAGAGCAAGAAGCGUCAGAGAUAGUUCCACCACCUGCACAGUCAGUGGAAACAUCAGAACCAGAGCAAAACCUGGAAGCAGAACCAGAACAAACACCAGAACCACUGCAAGAAGAAGAGUCCGAACCUAAGCAAGAGGUUGAGGCAGUGAGUCCUGCAGCUGAGAAACAAGUAGAAGAGCCUGAACCUGCGCCAGAGCCAACUCUAGAGAAAUCUGAUACCACUGAAGCAAACUCUUCUGAGGAGUUGGAUCCUGCUACACACAGUGUCUGCACUGACAAUGAGGAGGCAAAAGAGGAAUUUGUUUCAACAGAAACCGAAGCAGCAGCUGAGCCAGAAGCAGCAGAACCUGUCCCUGAGAUUGUCAUCACGGAAUCUGUCAGUGUUCCUGACAUGACUGCUGAGUCUGAAAAGGCAGUUGACGCCUCUGUGGCAGAUGGGGGUUGCCCAGAGCCAGAGGUGGAAAACAAGAUGGAAAAUGGGGAUUUAGGCAGCCCUUCUGGUACAGAUGAUGUGGCAGAUGCAGUGAAUGGGGAGUGCAGAGAUGACACUGCCACUAUUGCCACAAAUGGAGAGGAAUGUGUUAAUGGAGAUGGAAAGGUAGAGGAGACACCCAUCAAGGAGCAGAGUGACUUUGAACUGAAAAAGGACAUGAACCUGUGUGGGGAUGUCCAGGAGGUUUCUGAUGCAGUCUCAGACAUGGUGGAGGGUCUCAGCACUGAGGUCACCCAGGCAGUCUGAAACGAAAUCAUCUAUUCAUCAGAAUGAAUCCAGUUCAAUCCCUCGAUGGUGAGAGAAAGCCAUCAAGGUAUCACAAACGCAACUAGGCUUUCUGACAUGCUGUAACCACUGCAAAGUCUUUAGAGGUAACUCGGGAAAAGGGUAUUUUCUGUUGAGUAACCAAAAAUAAAACACAACCAGUUAAGGAUAGGAAGCGACAGAUGGAUAAAUUGAGACGGAUUGAAAGUGAUAUGAUAGUUUGAGUGCGACAGGCAAGAGCUGAACGGUAUUGCAACAAUACUGAGCAGUAUAUAUGACACUAAUCAAUGAAUACAUCUGUGUGUACGAGGCUGAUAGAAGUGGGUCAUUGGAAAAGCAUUCAUUAUUUGCAUAUUAUUGGAUUUAGAAUUUCCUAUAUCCUUUCUAUUACUAUAUGAAGUAAGAUAACAUUCAUGUGUUGGCCUUUUAUAAUAAUGGUACCUGUAAGGACUGUUCAUUUCAAACUGAUUGUUCAGAAUAGAGAAUAAAACGAGAUUGUUGUA